AAUUAGGCAGUCACAGGAUACAAUGUGGCUGGCUUUACCUGCAGGGGAGAUAGUCAGUGUUUGUUUAUGGAGCUGCCAGGACUCAGCUGCCCUCCUCCCUCCCCCUCCCAGCCUCACACAGCCUGAGUGCUCCUUCCGAGAGAUGUACUAACACACAGGGAGACAACUUUCCCAUGACACCGGUCCUAUAAAGGGACAAUGAUGGAGGCCGGGUAUGGAGACUAGGUAAGGGACCCCCGGGGGGGGGGGGGAUUGCUGGAGGGUGGGAGCACAAUCAGUGCAGCCCCCAGGCCUGGCAUGUCAGCAAUCAGGGACUCCCAGGGUACAAUCACUGUGUAAUAGCUGGAUUCAUAGUGUGCCAGGCCAUGCCAAGCACACACUGACCACACACAGUGCACACAAAGGGCCAGUCAUGUCUGCCAAGCAGCAAAUCCUCCCUGCCUGAGGGCUAGCUGUAGGAUUAGGCUAACACUGGCCAUGGGAGGACUCACACUGCACUGUGUGUGUGUAUAUAUAUUGCAAUAUAGUAUGUAACAAUGUAUCAGGACACAUCACUGGCUGAGUCUAGGCACAAGAGCUAGCAAUCUGUAAGAGGCAGAGUUUAUUGGCAUAGUGAUUUGGCAGUUUUGGUUGACAAGCAUGUUCUCAGCAAGUGUUUCUUUAUUGGGGCCAGGUGGCAAGGAUCAUUAGCCUGACCCUGGGAUAAGGGUGUGACAGCAAUGUAUGUCUGUUAUUACUGUGCCUGAUUGUAAAUUGGUUAAUACUGAUAUACUGUAUAUUGCAGCUCAGAAUACUACAGAUACCACUAUUACAUGAACAGAUAAGGGGUACUGGGUUGUUUUCUGUAUGUCUAUAACGCUAGGAAUUGGUUUUGCAGAUCUUAUAUAAAAUCUAGGCUUUACAAUGUGGCUAUUGUUUUUAUGUUUUGUGCAAGUCAUUUAAAAAAAAAAAUAAUAUAUACAAUAUGUGAAGGAGAAGAGGAACAGGAUCAUUUUACAGUAAAUCAAAGGUCAGACUGUAAUGUUAAGGGAUCCAAUGUUUGAAGUUGCAAUGUGUUAAAUUGAGCAAUAACUGGAUUAUUCACUAAACUGAGAAUUGACAAGAAUUUAAAAUUUAAAGCCAAAUUGGAAGAAUAGCUGACUUUGAGAAUGUUUCCAUAUUUUCUGUUUUGACCUAAAUAAACACUAUAGUUUUAGGAAUACAUAGAUAUAUUUCUUACACUAAAGUGUCCCUCUGGCUCCAGCUGCUAAAGUGUUAAAAAAAAACCUUUCUUUUUAUCUACCCAAUUCCCGCGCCGAUGUCCCUUGGUGCUGGAAGGUGCUCCUCUGCCAAUGCCAGAUGAGGGGGACCUAAUGUGCAUGCGCGGCGAGCAUUAGACCCUCCCCAUGGGGUUUUAGAAGACUCUGGAUGUCCUAAUGCAAAGCGGUAGGAUGCCCAAUGUUGUCAGAAACUCUGUGAAAGGCCAGGAAGCGACUCUAGUGGCUCUUUGAGAGUCAGCCACUAGAUGCAAUCUUAACCCGGCGGUGUAAACCAAACGGCAAUGUUCUACUUGGCAGGGCUAGGGGGACAGGGACACUGCACCCACAUCACUUUAAUGACAUGAAGUGGUCUGGGUGCCUGUAGCGUUCCUUUAAAUUCCCGACAGUCUUCACAUUAGUUUAUCCACUUUGCAGUGAGGGGGCACUAAUAAACAAACAAAGGUUCACGUACGAUAUUGGCCUCCCAGUGGCUUCCUGUUGCUGAAACGGUCGCAUUAAAGGGCAGGUUCACUAGAUAGGGACUGUAUAGCAUUUGAUCUUCUCCCUUGUCUGAGUCUAAGGGGUUAAACAAAGCUAUGCAGCCUGUGAUGUCCUAUGACUGGCAUUCUGUGAGUGCACAAAUAAACAAGCAAGGUUUACUAUUAAGCGUGACACCCUAUGCCUCAUGAUUGUUAUAAAUUAAUUGGGUGUGUGGGGAUCAGACAGUUCAGUAGUAAAAUAUCACAGCACAAUGUAAAUCUUGACAGAACAGCAGGACGCUGGUAACAAAGCUGAUUAUUUAAAGGAGUAACACUGUUAAAAUAGCCGUGUAAAGAUAUGGCUUAAGGAGAUCCCUUCUCGUAAGCACGGUACAAGUUUCCGAUUGGUCUGUAUGUAUUUUCCCACUGCAUGAAAAUUAUAGGAGCUUAAUAACCUUAAAUUACCGUUUAAAACCCACUCUAUAUUCCGGUUUCUUGGUGAUUCUGUCCAAUUGGAAUCCAUCAAGACUUCCCAUACUGGUUUAUGGCCGGCGAAAACUUGCUUGUAAGUUUAAUGGGACACUUCACUGACCAAAUUAAAAAAAUAAAUUAAAAACCCCAUUGUUUAGUAGAUACAGUUACAAUGAAAACAUUCAUUUAAUGGUGCGUUUUUAAAAUGGAGUUAUAUCUAAAAACCGCUUGUAAAAGCCGUAGAUCUCGUCUGCAGCCUUUCACGUUCUCCCCUUCUAACCCCGCCCAUUGUUUCUGUGCCUGUCCAAUCACAGUCCUCCUAAUGCAGCUCAAUGUGGGGGUCUUGACUAGGCAGUGGUUCCCAGCCCAGUCCUCAAGUACCCCCUAACAGUCCAGGAUUUAGGGGUUACCCUGUUGUGUCUAAGCCAAGGUGUUUUUAGAAAAAGUAAUUGAGGACUGGGUUGGGACCCCUGCUCUAAGCAAUGUCUGCUUUAAAGGGACACUAUAGACAUCAAAAGAACUUUAGCUCAAUUAAGCAUUUUAGUGUGUGGAUCACUGCUCAAUUCUAUGCCAUUUAGGAGUUAAAUCACUUUGUUUCUGGCCAUCCAGCCCUAGCCACACUAGCUGUGACUGACACUGGCAUGGUGUCAAAUGGUUCAAGUAUUAAUCAGACAUUAACUUACGUUAGAAGUUUAUAUUGCCUGCUCUGUAAAUGGAACUUUAUUCACACACAGGAGGCUACUGCAAGGUCUAGUAAGCUAUUUAACAUAGCAGGGGAGAAGACAUUUGAAAUAAACAGUCUGUGCAAUAGAGGAAGUUUAAAUAUUAGCUCUCUUUAUACAAUGUGUAGGCCACAUGCAGGGAGGUGUGAAUAGGGCUGCAUAAAGAAAAUAAAUGACCUUCUAAAUACAGGGACAUGGUCUAUACACCAAAACUGCUGCAGUAAGCUAAAGUUGUUUUCUGACUGUAGCGUCCCUUUAAAUGGCACUUUCUGGACCCAGCAAAUUCACAACAUGAUACCCUACCUUUAAUGGCAGAUUGACAAGUACCAACUAUAUGUUAAACAGUAAAAAUUUGUUGCUCUUCCUAAUUACAUGUAAGGAGGUCUUGGAAAAAGAACUAAUGUUGAAAGCGGGAGGUAAAACUUGUUCUAGAUCGUUUCAGAAUUCACCGAUCACUGAUUCUUCAUACAUAAACAGAAUCCAAUGUUCAAAGGUACAAUUAGUUAUUGAUGAGGUAUGUUUGUCUUGUCUUAGACAGAGACAUUAGGUUUUACAAUUCUCCUAUAGUAUUCCUAGCCGGACGGUGCGUUUCGUAGAUAAGUAAAACCAUAGAGUCAAUGACACAGCAUUCGAAGUACACACAUGACACUCCUCGCGGCCUGUAACAUAGUAUCUAUGCAAUGUCCAUAGCUGUGAUCAGAGCCUUCGCUUUUAUUUACUUUUUUCUGCUUAUUUGCUUUUGCCACUUUAUUUAUUUGUUAAUGUUUGCCUCAUUUAUUUUUGUUCUUGUAGAAUAGAUAGAAGUACCUUAAGGUGAAGUUUAAUAUUGGGUUUAGUUUCCAAUUCUUUAAAAUUCUCGAAGAUGUUCUACCCAUGGCAAAUGGAUAAAAGGGUACAAAAACAAAUAGGAGGGGAGGGGAAAGAACAGAGACAAUCACUGAAACAAGUACAGAAGUGGUUAUAGUGGGCAAUAUUGUGAAGUCUUACAGUAGCAGAAUAAAUAUUAACACACACGUAGUGAGUGGAGAGAAAAACACACGUAAUAUUUCAAAUUGUAAUUAAAGCGAAAACCAGUCAAGAAUAUCAGAGAUUUAAUGUAGUGUGUCAACAGAGCCUCCUUGCAUUCAUUCGCGUCCAUCCAUGAAUCAGACAAAUAAUUUUUUAUCAUACUCUGUCAUACAGGACUAUUUACUAAAGUGAAAACGGAUGGGAAUUCAAACUGAAAUUCUAAUUUAAGGUCAAAACAUCCAAACUGAAAGACCGAAUUAACAUGGAGAAUUAUUCUAUUUUGGGUAUUUUCACCUUAAAGAAACACUGUAUCGAUAACGCUAUUGUGUCUCAAUCCCUUGUUUUAAAGGUGACUUCCCCCUCCCCUUUAGUAAAUAAAUGGUUAAAACCCCUCACUGCUGGCUAUGUCUCCUCCUCUUGCUAUGUCAUGGAGCUAGCUUGUCUGACCAAACGCGUAUUGCUCGCCGCAUGCGCAUUAAAGAGUCUCCUCGUGCAAAGUGUCAAAGCACCAUCAUCUCAGGGAGUGAAACUCCAUUAGGAAGCAGGAAGCACAUCUAGUGGCUGUCUGGAACACACUAGAGGUGGACUUAACGCAGCCAUGCAAACAUAUUUCAAAUUGCUGGGUUAAACAGCCAGGGACACUGCACCCAGAAUACUUCAAUGAGUUAAAGUGACCUGGGUGCUUAUAGUGUCCCUUUAAAUUUUAAAAUUCACUUUGAAUUUCUGACAAUAACCCUGAAUUCUGUUCUAGAAAUCCCUAGGCAUUACCCACUAGAUCCUCACGAGAACGAUAGAUUAUACUAGACUUGAAAUAGCGCGAUAAAUAUUGACCCUACAAAUGAUGAAAUCCAAUCUAUGUAUCUGUUCAUACUGACGAAUAUAGCAGCAUGCCGGACUGGCUGCACUCUGUCCUUAUGGGACUAUAGUAAAGUCCUUGAAAUGUUUUGUAUGUUGGUGGCUGGUACAAUCAGAUAUGCACAGGUUAUAAAGAGGAACAGAAAGUCAGCAAUAAAACCAGAUUAGUUUGAAAAGCUUCUCUCUGUUCCAUUGUAUUCUCCAUUAACCUUCUGAGUAAUUACUGCAUUAUAUUCUGCAGUGUGUUUUAUACGUUUAUGGAAUAUUCACUGAUUUUGUUUCUUCUCAUUCCGAUUAUUCGGUGCAGCGAUAUCGUUACUGUUCUGUUUAAGCAGGCCGUUUAAAUGGCUCUCUUAUAGUUUCUGAAUUUAUAGCUUUGAUCCUACUAAACCCAAAUUUAAAAAUGAAACCGUCAAAUAGAACAUUGAAAAUCACGUAUAACUUCUUAACUUUGUUUUCAGAGUGAUGCUCUGUUUUCUUUUAAAUGUUAAAUUUAAGCAAUUGUAUCAUCUCUGUAAGCUGUCAGGUGCGAGGGGCAGAAUUUAUACCCAUAACAGACAGAUAACCAAGAUGGACGCACGCAGUUCCAGCUCUACACUUACUAUCACACGCAUGUUAUUAAAUAUAGGAGAUAAGUAAACGUAUUUUUUUUAAAAUAAUUUUCCCGUGACAUAGACACACGAUCUCCUUUUCAGGUGAAUUCUACGAUUUAUUCUGUACAUUUCUGACAAUUCAGGGAGCGCAGUGUGUUGUUUAAAUGGUAAACGUGCCUUUUAGCAGAACUGUCAGUUCCAGUGAAGCAAUAUUUCCUUGUUCCUUCACUCCACUAAAUGCUAGUUCAGCUUUUACUGAGGUGAAAAUGCAGCAAAUGUAAGUUUAAAAAAGGGCUUGCCUCUGCUGCACAUGCCUGUGACUCUAUGACGCUGCGCGGUCAGGCAUGUAAUGAAGAAAAGGCGUGCGCAAUGCAUAAAUGAUCUACCUUCCCAGCAUAUUAAUGAAAAUCAAAUAAACUAUAAAAAAUUUAAAAAUAUAUUUUGUACAACAUAUAGUUCCUUUUUAAUUAGCUAUUAUUGUGCUAGGAUUGAGAAAGUGACCGUUCCCCUUUGUUUCCUAAUCUGUGCAUGCCCACUAACCCAUGGUAAGGGUCUACUUUUAUAUGUUUAUGGAAUAUUUAAAGCACACUCCCAGCACCAUACUACUAAUGUACGCUCCCUACUACUAAUGUACGCUCCCUACUACUAAGGCACGCUCCGCACUUCUAAGGUACGCUCCUUGCAGAGUUUAUGAUUCAGACAGAUCGUUUGCCUCUGUCUCUUGGCAUUCUGCUAUUAAAACCCCCAAACAUUUAGAACAAUAAACCCAAUCCCCUAAUUAAAUACAUCACUGGUCAUAGUACCCUCUCCAAAAAGAUCUUUACGCACAAGCUGAACAUGACCCACCUACUCCUGGGAGACGUCUGUAAUUUGUAUGAGAGUGAGAGUGCCUUUUGUUUUGGCCAUAUUUAGCACCAUUCACAAAAACCAUGAAUUGAGCGAGCUGCAUCUUGUAAUCUUGUGCUGUGCCUGCAUUCCUAGAUUGUGUUAAGGCUUCUAGCACUAGUGCUGAACCACAUUUCCCAUAAACAUCUUUUAGUGCUGUCAGUCAUUGGAAAUAAUGGGAGGUUCGGCUUUAAAGAUUUUAAUUUACAUUUUUUUUGGUGUAGUGCAUUAACAAUGUGAUCAGUUCCAGCCUUUAGCGUCCAUUUAAUCUCAAUAUAAGGUUAUACAUUUGCUAGCAGUUUAACUAUAUAUAUAAUAAUCGUGCUUAACGGUUAAACUGGCGCUAACCCCAAAUGUCUUGUUUUAUAAAGAGGACACCGUGUCAUAUUUAUGUGACUUCUGUAGUUUGUGUCUCAAACCAUUGUAGUCUAUAUAUAAAGAAAAAAAGUCAUGUAAUAACAUAAUAUAUCUGAUGAAAUCUAUAAAGUGAUAAAUGGGAUAGAAUAUCUUGAAAUCCUUUUUUCUGAAUGCUCCGUGUGGAGUGUGAUUUAAUUUAUAUUUAUAUCGCUGGUGCUUCUGGCAUUGGAAGAGACGUUAAAGCCGUGAGACUGGCAAGUGACCCAGAUGUGACAAUGUCCUUGAGAUGGUUCUUAAUUUGGAUGACAUUCCCCCUUCUCCAGCAUUGCUUGAUUUGAUGUGAUUUAUUUUUUUUGCCCUAUUAGGGGAACCCGCCUCUGGCUUAUUGUGAAUUGUUAACGUUAACAGAGGCCGUGCCGAGAAAGCAAUAAUCCAGCUCGCUUGUUAGGCCACCUUAAUUAAAACUAGAGACGGCCAGACUUGGUACAUUUAGUGUAUAUCUUCAUGUUGGGUCACGAAUGAACAAUCCUCAUUUUUCUCAUUCGUAUGAUGCUUAUAUCACAUACUGUAUACAGCACCCAUAUAAAAUACCAGUACUUGCAUGUCAUUAUACACGUUCCAAACUCACAACAUAUUCUAACUUCAAUUUAUAUUGCUGGCCGGUAAAUAAUAAAUAUAGACAAGAAACAUUUCAAAUAAAUCCAGUUUAAUCCAGAUUAAUAUCAGAUAUGGACCAGUUUAAUUCAGAUUAAUAUCAGAUAUGGACCAGUUUAAUCCAGAUUAAUAUCAGAUAUGGACCAGUUUAAUUCAGAUUAAUAUCAGAUAUGGACCAGUUUAAUCCAGAUUAAUAUCAGAUAUGGACCAGUUUAAUUCAGAUUAAUAUCAGAUAUGGACCAGUUUAAUUCAGAUUAAUAUCAGAUAUGGACCAGUUUAAUCCAGAUUAAUAUCAGAUAUGGACCCCUUGUUUCCUACGUUCCUUGCAGUUGUCUUUGUGAAUGUGGACAUUUUAUGCACAUUGUACAGACAUACAAUAGUCUAAAACGGUUCUCAAUCCGAAUCCAGCGUCGUUCGACGUUCCUCCGAUUUCUGGUACUUUACUUUGGCUGGGUGGCGUCUUUCGAAAUCCUUUAGGUGCCAGAGUCCCCCAGUAGUAUAUAAGCUGAUCACAAAACACCUUUUUCCAAUAUUUAGGCUUUAUCAAUGGUAUCUAGAGGCUAACGUAUCAUCCGCAAUUUAAAUCCCUCUUUAAAUUGAGUGGGCGGUCUGUAUCAUUUGAAUCGUACCCUUAAUAUUUUUACAUAUCUAUUUCUCCAAAGCAAACCGACAUGUGGACUAUGCAUGACUGCUGACCCCAAAUACCAAAACCGUUACCCCCAAUAACGACAUGACACCUGAUUGUUGGGUAAGGGCAACGGCCACAGCUUUAUUAAACUUUUACACAGCCAGCAUUUCCACCUGUCAGCUGUUGGGGUGACUACCCAACAGACAGAUACUCCAAGUCUUUAUCCAGAGUUCGUACAGCCUUCCUUCGGCCAUCAGCCCUAGCAGGCUGCGACUCACCAAAUCCUUUCCGUGCAUUACGUGCGCUGGCCAGGAACUCCGCCACCGCGAUGCCGGCCCUCCCUCUCUUUACCCGGCAUCGCGCCCCCCGCAGCCAGCGCCUUUUCUAUACCCGACUGCAGACCCGCAUUAAAAAUGUCCAAUCCUGUUUGGUUCAGGUGCUCUCCGUCCGCCCUCAUCAAAUUCCGAUAGUCCCCCUCCAGCUCCACAUGCCGGACCGCCACACCACCAAGCCACCGCACAAACCGAGAGAUCGUCAUGUUGAGCUUGCGCCUGCUCCGCUCCAGGCCCUUGGCAUGCGGCAAGACCUGCCAGCCAGGACAGGGAACAAUCUCCGACCAAAUCAGAGUACAGUCUGAGAAUAGUGCCAAACACCGGGCCAAGUCGUGCUUGACAGAGUGCAUCAGAUCCACCGAUCUAACCCUCCCUAAAUCAUUACCUCCCGCAUGGAUCACAAUUGUAACAGCCCCCGACACGAACCUGCUCAGGGCCACGCACUCCGGAUAGACUUGCCUCCAGGACAGACCCCGAACACCCCUCCAGCGUACCCUUGCUAUGUCCAUGGAGAUCCCUAGGUUCCGUCCAUAGGAGCGAGACUGAGCCCGUCGAGCUGCCCAAUAUAUAAACGAAUGACCCAAGAUCCAUACGUAAUGGGGGACGCAACCUGAAACAAAUUAUAACAAAUGUGGUCGAACAUACAGCUGAAACCGCCUAGAAGACCAUCUGCCUAAUUGCUGCACCACCGAACCUGCCAAACCCAUACCGCUAGCCUGAGUAGCGGCCCCGAUCCUGAAGGAAUGAGGCGAGAACCCGGAUGGAUCUUGACCGCAGUCCACCAGAGCUCUACCCAACACUGACGCGAAGUGAAAACGCGUAAGCGGGGACCCAUCCGCAUGCACCAACAACGAGGCCGCCACCGGCCGACUCGCCAUAUACUGUUGGAAGAGCCGGACCGGACAAUACUCACCACCAUAGCUCCCCACCCUGAGCCACACACCAGCACCAGCUUGAUCUGUCUUGGAUCUGCGGAUAUGCAGGUCCACAAACCCAUCCGCCCAACGCACAUCUGACAGCAGGAGUGGAGAAACCGAACAGCGAUUGGGGGCGACAAGCUCCCCCACCCGCAAUGCCCCGAAGAAACACAGCGCAAAACUAACCUGAAACAACCGACUCUCUGAUACCGAGACACAGACCCCCGGCAACGCCCCCAUCAACUGCCACAACAGCUCCACUGAAAUCGGACGCCGCCGGUCCGGACGCCUCCGGGUCCUCCAACCGCGCAGAACCCGCUGCAGGCAAAACUCCUUCGUUAUGUCCCGCCAGCCUAGAAACCGAAACAAAAACGACAGAGCCGACAGCGCUCUCUCCGCCGAUGCGCAUGAUUGACCUUGCUCCAGGAGCCUACUCAUAUAGCGUAACGUCACUGUGAACCGGGCAGACCCCGAUGACAUACGAUCAGACCCCUCCACACACGACAGCCAACUUACCCAUACCGACCUGCACGCCUUACACGUAGCCGCCGACAACGAUUCCGACACCAAGGACAUCAGCCCUCCGAAACUAGGUCCCAUAAGUAUGCCGGGCAGCGAAGACCCUCCUGAUCUGCUUCGGGGGCCGACUCACGAAAACGGUCCCACUGAAACUGAGAAAGAGAGUCAGCCACCAAAUUCAAAACCCCCGGAACAUGCCGAGACUGCAACCACACAUUAAACUGUAAGCUCAGCAGCACUAGGUGACGCAAGAGAGCCAGCACUGGAGGAGAUGCAGACGAUGAUCGGUUAAUCACAUGGACCCCACUCAUGUUAUCCGUGUGAAAAACCACCACCCGGUUCCGCAAUUCGUCCCCCCACAGUGCUAGCACCACCACUAUGGGGAACAGCUCCAAGAACGUAAGGUUCUGCAUCAACUCCAGCUCACGCCAUGCCGCCGGCCAAGCAGCAGCACACCACUUGCCCUGAAAGUAAGCCCCAAGCCCUACCGAUCCCGAUGCAUCCGUAUACAGUUCGAGUUCGGCAUUGGGAACCGCUUUCCGCAACCAGCAUGAUCGGCCGUUAUACCUACCCAGGAAGACGCUCCAUACCUGCAAGUCAGCCCUAAGUUUGGCCGACACCCGAAUAAAAUGGUGAGCCUCCCUGAUACCAACCGUCGCCAAUGACAAGCAGCGGCAAAAGGCCCGACCCAUGGGCAAGACUCUGCAAGCAAAGGCUAGGUGACCCAGCAAUACUUGCAUCGUGCGCAACUGUACCUUCCGAGCCGAUUUUACCAAGUCAAUCUGCUUGAGCAGGACCAUUAGCUUUUCGUCCGGUAAGCGAAAAACCAUGUCCACUGUGUCAAUCUCGAUGCCCAAAAACGACAGCCUAGUGGCUGGCCCCUCCGUCUUCUGCUCCGCCACUGGUACGCCAAACCACGCGGACACUGCGCGGAAGGCCGACAACAACCGAGAACAUCCGUCACCCUCCCGAAGACUCACAAACAAGAAGUCGUCGAGAUAGUGCGUCACCGAAUCCAAACCCGAAUACUGAACCACAGACCAUUCCAAAAACGAGGAAAACAUUUCAAAUAAGAACACGAUAUCGAACAACCCAUGGGAAGGCACUUGUCGUAGAAAAACGACCCCUGGAAUUGACAACCCAGCAGGUGAUAACAUUCUGGGUGAACCGGCAAUAACCGAAAGGCCGAUUCGAUGUCUGAUUUAGCCAGGAGUGCCCCUAACCCCGCUUCCCUAACCAAUGACAGGGCCCUGUCAAAUGAAGCAUAAUGCACCCUGCUGAAUUCCUUAUCGAUAUCAUCGUUCACCGACCUCCCAGCCGGGUAGGACAGGUGAUGAAUCAACCGAAAGGAGCCAGGCUCCUUUUUAGGUACCAGCCCCAAGGGCGAUACCCGCAAGUUGGGAAAUGGGGGGUAAGAAAACGGCCCCGCCAUGCGCCCCAAUGACAAUUCUUUUCUCAACUUGGCACCCAAAACUUCCUCCUUACCCUUGACCGACCGAAGAUUAUCUGCCAACCGUGGCUCCGCCGAGAAGACAAAGAGGAUCCAGAAUCCGACUGAAAACCCUUCCUCCAACACCGCGGCAUCGCAGCGUUUAGGGUAGGCCUCGAGCCAUGGCAACAUCCUUGCCACGCUCACUGGUGUCCUCCCCUUUGGAACCAUCCUCUCGUGACCCUGCCUUGGGAAUGGACUGCUUCGCCUUCUUGAAGCAUCGCAUGGCGGGGUGAGCCCCCCUGCAAUGCGAGCACUCGUGCUUGAACCUACAGGAGGAGUACCACCUGCAGUGGCUCUCAUUGAAGAGCCAGCACACUCCCUUUUUCUGCCCAGUCGGCGCACCGGAGGAAGCUCCGGCGCCGGCUGCCCGUGGAAAGGACGCCGGACGACUAGGCGUCAUGAGUAACAGCCACAGGCUGCCAUCCUGCGUGCCGAAGUCCAAUCCAGGACACGCCGCCAUCUUCUGCCGGAACUGCUGGUCGUAACGGAACCAGCUCUGCCCGCCAUACACCUUAUACGCACCCCAAAUCAGAUCCAAGAUCCGGGAACCGACGGGUCAGAAUACUUGCGAAAACCGCGAAACCCUGUAACCAAUUCCCAAACGUUCGUGGGAUUUGCUUACCCUUCUCAGGGUCCUGUGGCUCGUCACAACGUGGUCGAUCCACAGAAUCCCUGUCCGGGGAAACCAGGGACAAAAAGUCCACAAAUUCCCCUUUAAUAAUCUUAUCCCGUGUCUCCCCUGGGACAUGCAUGCCCAAGGGGGAUAGUUCACAACCUGGAAGAGAGGGACGGAACCCCCCCCCCGCCUGAGCCCUAUCGGCUGGAGCCUCCUCCAGCACCCUGCGCACGUCCCCUGAUUGGCUAUACGCAGCUGGCAACCUAUCUACCACUGCCCUGAGCAAGCGCAACAAUUCCCUAUCCGCAGCCUGCUCCUGCCCUAGCGCACCCUGUCCCCCAGCUAGGCUACCCCAAGUGCUAGCGCAAGCCAACUCACCGCUUAGUGGAGCUGCCACGGUAGCCUGCUCAGGUUGGCGAGGUCUGGGAGCCGUCCUCUGGUCCAACUCUUCCUCCUCUGAUCUGGAUUCCGAGUCCUCCUGCAGCCUCCUCUGGGUGCUGUCCCAUGUUGGACUCCUGUCCGGCAGCCCCCGAGUUCUGGGCUCUCCUUGCUGCAGGGCAUCUGCCCCCAGCCUUCUCCUGGGCUGUACAGCCCUCCGAUCCCGAUCUUGGGCGCCCCCACGGCUCCCCUGGGGCUCCGGCGCCGCAUUUUCGUGAACUUCCGGGUUCUCCGGUGGGGCCUGUGACGUCCGCACUGUGCGCCGUGCGUCCGUCACGUACGCGCCCUUGUGACGUCCGGCGUCUCCACGCACCGCCCGGACGUCAGACGUCGAUGCGUCACUUCCUGCCGGACCGGAAGAGAAGGAGGACUGCGCGAGCGCUCUUCCCGCGCUCCGCCAUCUUGGGCCCGCCUCACCGCAGCUCUCACCACCCGCGGCUGCCUCCUGGAAGCCCGGGAUCCGCCAUCACCGCCUCCAUGCUCUGGCGCCGGCUGCUGCCUGCUGGUCCCGGCCUCCGAUCCCCCUCCUCUAUGCACCGGACUGGGGGAAAGGCGGGAAGGAGGCCUAGAACGCCUCGGCCUCCUCCCGCGGGCCAGAGAAGGGGUCUCCGCCACCGGCUGCUCCACUUCCAUCCGGGCCUGGGGAAAGUCGGCCAUCAGCUCUGCCAGAGAACUGGAUCCAUUGGAAGCCAGGUAGGCCUGCAGCACCCCCAGCAAAGCCUCCCUUGACAAAUCAGCCAUCUUGCAGGGAAGGCCUAGCUUGCAGUUAACACUGGAGUAAAGUAACUAAAUGCUUUUUUUUUUUUUUUUUUUAACAGCAGAAGGCUAGAAGCUAAAGGGCUCUGAAACUUUGAAAACUGUUCCAGACUGCUCCUUCUGCACUGGUGAGUCCCACCCCCCUGCUCUCCCUCUUAUAUCCCACUAUAUAGGCAACAUUGUAUCUUUUAUAUUCCCACCCCUUACUGCAGGGCAGCAGUCAUGCCUCCCCUUCCUUGCAGUCCAGGGGAUAUCUUUACACUGAUAACUUAAAAUUCGUAAACUCUUUUAUAUACAGAAGUUACAAACUGGUUGCCAUGGAAACCCUCAACUGCAGAAUUUAAUGUCUGUCUUGUAUAGGGAGAGAUACUUCCAGGGAGGGAAAUUACACAGACUAUCAAAAUAUUUAUUAAAUUGAUGGAGUUGGGGUGGCUUGCGAUUGCCAUGGCAACCCGCAUUUACUUUAUAAGUUAAAACACGAACAAGCGAUAGAAAUAUCAUCUCUCUAUCAGGAUUGAAACCAAUUGUUAUCGCAAGACAGGGCCUUUCUGUAGUAUGGAAUAACUUAUUAAUGUUUAUAAAUUAUACAUAUUAAUAUUGUGGUGUUAAUCUGCUAAUAAGGUAUUUCAUGUGAGUGAUUUAUAUUGGAACUGGAGUCCCUCUUAAAUUGCAACAGUCAAAAAAUGACCCUUAAAACUGAAAUCAUUAUUGUGGAUCUGAUCAACAACACUGUGUGUGCGUGUGUGUGUACGUGUGUGUGUGUGUGUUGUACAAUCAUAGUUCUUCUAAAACAGCAUUGUUUAUUGUCUCCUCGUGGAACUAAGCUAAAUUUGGGCUUGGAUAAUAAUCGUUCCCCUAUAACAGGCUACACUUGGGGGGAGGACGGGGAUGGAAAGGGGGGUGGGGGGGGAACCUAUCCCAAAAAAUUCUGUCAGCUGAAGAACUGGAAGAAUUAACCUUCUCUAAGUUCCUUCUUAUCCAUUUUCUUUCACUUUUUCUUAAUCUUUCUUUGUUAAUGAUAUUGAACAUCCGUUAGAUGCUCACCCAGUCUCCAAAAAAUCGUUAAAAACCCACUUCUUCAUAAAAGCGUAUCAAUGAAACUGUUAAUAGCUGCUGACUGAUUCCUCUUCUGCAACUGUCAUUAGUCUAAUACUAUCCUUACCUUUUUAUGUCAUUUUACCCCACUCCCUCUAGCAUGUAAGCUCAUUGAGCAGGGCCCUCAACCCCUCUGUUCCUGUGUGUCCAACUUGUCUGGUUACAACUACAUGUCUGUUCGACCACCCAUUGUACAGCGCUACGGAAUUUGAUGGCGCUCUAUAAAUAUCAUAAUAAUAAUAAUAAUAUGACCAGAUGGGCCUUCGGAGCAUAUUUUAAACAUUUGUUCAAAGCCGUGAUAUGUUGUGAGGUUAGAGGCAUAUCUAAUAAUCCCUCCUUGUUUCAUAAAAAAAAUUACAAAAAAAACCAAAACCUUCUGUCUUGGAAUAUGAUGAACUCCAGUUGAAACAACUUGGUCUCUGUUUCCUGUAAUUUGGUUAUCUAUUCAUUCUAUCUGAGGAGAUAUUUUCAGAUAAUGCCUUAUCUUCACAUUUCUGAUUUAAUGGUUGGGUUUGGGGCCUCCUUGUGUCGUGCAUUCUGUUUAUUAAACUUGGGCCCUAACGGAGGUGUCCUAGUGAUGUUGUUAUAACCACUCCUUCUUUUCCUCUAGUGGUUAUGGUGAUUGGCGUUUCUUCUCUGUCACGUAUAAAGAAAUCUAUGCUUAGAAUAAAUAUGCCAGUGAAGUUCAUUAGCAGUGGGUUAUGGUGGUUUUAUACAAAAGUUGGUUCCACCAGUAAAACAAUGGUCAGGCCUCUCCUAUGGUGCAAUAUGAACUGUCUACGAUUAAAUGCACAUAAUGUCAGUCAGUCCUGAUUUGCCCAGACAGAAGGACUGCGCCCUCUGGUUACAAUGCGUUGAAAGCGGUUUCCUUUCAGCAUAAUCACCAUCACUUUUUUUAUGUUGAUAUACGUCAUGCUACCAAGCCUCUAAUUAGCACUUUAUAAUUUGUACAUUAUAUUUAUUGCAUUCCUUGGGCUGAGCGUCCUGAAUAUUUGCACUAGUUAAUCACCUUUAAUAAAAAAAAAUAAAAAACACUUGUCACUGGUGUUACUUGGGUUCAAAAAGCGAUGACCUGCCUCUACCUGUGUCUAUUGUUUAUGUAUUUCAUAAAGGUUAAAAACACUUCCUCGGGGCAUAUACCCAGUUUAUAAAUGACGUGGUCAUUUGGGCACAGGGUAGAUUUUAAAAUAAAAUGUGCACAGACCAUUGUAGGCCACGAUAAUCUGUUAAGAAUAAAAAGUUGAGGCUACAGUAGUCCUUGUUAAGAAAUCUGACAAGUGACCAUUGCAAAAAAACAAAACAAAACAUGAUUUCUGCUCCAAGACGUGCGUUUAUUUGGCAAGAACUUGUCGUCCAAUGUGUGGGUGAAUUUGUUACUUGGGUUGUCAGAGUGGGAUUCGAUAUGACCGAACAGUGUGUGUGCAUUGAUAGAAAUCGAUAGCUAAUAUGAACAGCUCCAUGUUCCACACCGCAAAGAAUUCUUACUAUUCCAUGGCCUCGUACCGCAGCCACCGUGUGCACGACCAGAUUUAAUAUAAACUGUCGCACCGCAUGGGAACCUGUGACAUUCCUCCCACAGCGUGUCUGAAGCUGUCACUGUCUCCUGCUGGUAUGUUUAGAAGUGCGUGUUGAACCAGUUUGGUUACAUUCCCAGUAAAACGUGUUUUGAAGUAUUUUCUGUGCUAACACACUUUUGCUUCAGGUAAUUUAAUUAUGUACAUAUCUACCCCACUCUAAGUAAUAACAUUUAUUGGAUUAACUCUUGUAGUGUGCCACACAGGAAGAGUUAACCCUAUAAGCUAUAUUACUUCGAGUGACCUAGACAAACUUCGGCACUCCAGAUGAUGUGGACUGCAUUUCCCAUCAUGCUUUUACUGCCAUAAUGCUGGCACAGCAUCAUGGGAAAAUGUAGUAUGCGACGGCGCCAGUAAAGGCGGUAUAACCAGUUUUUCCGAGCUUUGAAUACGAUUUCUGACUGUUGUCCGGUUGCUGUGAUUAUUAUCACCUGCUUGGAGCCGUCAGUUAAUAUAACUGAUCCGGCUUUCCUUAGCAAGUUCCCGGCCUCGGGCUCUGAUGGAAGUGAAUGACAUGAAGCAUUAAAUCUCCCUCCUACUAUCUGUGGGAGGGAAUAGCUUGGCAUCAGUAUUGCUUGAGGUGUAAAUACUAAAGCUGUUCUUACAUUUUGUCUUCCUAGAUCACAACAGACAUGAUUAAUUGUAUCUUGGGAGCCCACAAACAGCCUGCUAUGUCAAAAUAACAUUCACGGAAUCUGUGAGGUAAGUCCAGCAUGGUUCUGUGUGUAUGUUUGUAACCAGUGGAUCUCUCAGGAUUCAGAUUUUAGUUUUUUUCCUAAUUUAUGUUUGUUGUUAAAUUAAAUAUUUAAUGUGACACAUUAGCUGCUGUCAUUGUUUGAUAUGAAUGUUUUUCAGAAAACAUCACCCCACCCUUGAUUUCUGGUCCACGUUGAUGUUACCGUGUGUUUUGUAAUGUUUGUGUCACAGUGGGUUUAUCAGAUGGCAGGGAGACUAUCGUGGGGCCUGUACAUCCUUCUCAUCCAGCGUUACUUUGUGACUGUCCGUACACACAUUUUCUAAAAUAGCAAUCAAUCUCAAUCUCUCUCUCUCUCUCUCUUUUUUUUUUUUCAUGGUUUUAUACGGUCGCUGGUAAAAUAUGAUCUCAUAAAAAGUACUCUGAUUCCAAGCAAUGCUUACAUUUGGAAUCCAGUUUCAUCUUAAUUGGUUGUUUUGUGGUCGUAGCCGCUCAGUAAAUAUGAUUUGCUGUGUAAAAUUGCACGCCCAUUGCCAUCUAGUCACUCUGAGACACGUAACAUACAGCAUGUUAAAGGGGGUUGAAUUUUUAAUUGUUAACUUGUUUUUUGAAGUAUUGUUUUAGUAGAGCACUGCACUGUAACUGUUGGGGUUAUUCAGUAAGGGCAAGAUAGCCAAGAUAUCAUUCAUUUCUCAGUAUAUUUACUAACGGCUUAUAAACGAUCAGUUUGAGGAUUAACCUCACUGAGGUUCCUUGUAAGUAAAUUCAGGGAAACUCGCCAGGAAUCUGUGUCUGGCAAGUCUGCUCCCUGAUAUAUCUCCUGAGCAGAGUGAGGGGGACAAACGGUCUGUAGCUGCAGUCACUAGAGCUUGAUGAUUACCCCUAUCUGUGUAUCGGCAAAGAUCAGGAGCCGCACUGGAUACUGGAACCUGCGGACAGCUCAGGGAUCUCGCAUGUGUCCGGUACACCGACUCACAUGGGCCCAGACAGGCGAUAACAACCACUUGGUUAAAAAAAUACUAAAUAGUCACUCAGAGUUUUAUUCUGCUACUUGUUUAGCUGACAGAAGCAAUUACGUUUGAAAAUACAGGAAUAAUGAACAUGACAGAGCUCAGGGGAGGUGACCACCUUCUUAAUUCUGAAUUCAUGGAGAAUGACAGUCUCUGUUUCCAACUGAAUGACUGUCUAAUGCAGCGAUGUCCAAAAGUUAGACCCCAGAAUUACUGCUAAAGCAUUAUGGCGGCCAAUUCCAACAGUUUGCCAUCUAAAUUCUGGCUACCCUUAUUCUGCCAUUCUUCAAUUCACUGAGUGCUUAAAGGGAAACUAUACUGUUAGUACCACGCUCACAUUAGGACUUCCUAAGUAUAAUGAUUUCCUAUGGGGUUUUGGUCGAUGCGUAGCGUGAGGACGUCCAGCAUCAGGAGACCAAAAGUCGCCUAAUGACCCCGGAAUCCCUCUAGCGGCUGUCUGGUAUACAGCCACUAGAAGUGGAGUUAACCCUUUAAUGUAAUUAUUGCAGUUUAUUAAAAACUACAGUAAUUACCACUGCAGGAUUAAGGGUGCUGGGACACUGCACCUAAACCACUUCACUGAGCUGAAAUGGUCUGGGUGCCUAUAGUGUCCCUUUAAUGUAAUAUUGCACUCAGUGUUCCCAUCCAGAACUCCGAGAUUUAAUCAUCUUUACAAAGAAGGCUGUGUAACGAAAGGAUAUUGACUAGUGCUUUCUCAAACUGAGGUCACUCUGCCAGUUCAGAUCUUGGGGAUUACAUUACCUUGGGCGAGCUGUGUAUAGAGCGAGAGAGAGUCUGCUCAGUUACAUUUUGUCUCUCAAUCAAUAAUACUUCACUACGUAUCUCCCUAUAGCUUUCACAAUCAAUAGCAGUUGAUGUGGGGACUGCAUGACCUAAUCGGUGCACUUAGUACUCCUAGCAUCGUAUCUUCCCAUUAGAUCUGCUGCUUCUCAUACAAUAGAAAACAAAACAGGAACCGGGUAUUGGAAAUGAACCGUUAUACGUGGAAAGAACACGUUUGGUUUAUUGUGGGGAAAGUGCUUUAAAUUGCGCUGCUCGCUGAUUAUAUAAUGCAAUGUUUUUAAUUCAGUGGUUAAUGAGUCCUAUGUGUCAGUUGUCCUCAACAGAACAUGCAAUCUGUCUGUAAGUUACAUUUCUCUUGUUGACGGGGGAAGCAGUUGGUCACUGCACAUACAGGAAGUGAGGAGUGGAUGCCAUCAGGUCUUUUUACUAAAAAAAAGAAUUCAGAGUGAAUUGAAAAGUCUUCUAUAAUUUCAAAUCGACUACUUUGCACUUAAAUUUGAAAUUCACACGAAUGCUCACUUUGGUGUCUUGCUCUGCAGCAAAACAGAAAAACAAAAAUUGUUAAACCUACAUAAUGUCAGAAAUUGUGUAAAGUUACUUUGUUUAACCCCUUAAGGACACGACAUGUGUGACAUGUCAUGAUUCCCUUUUAUUCCAGAAGUCUGGUCCUUAAGGGGUUAAGGGAAAUGACAUCUCACCUGUGGUAUAUAGUGACCACGAGCUGAUUAGAGCACCUUCAUUGAAAGCAGGCCCAGUCUGUGUUCUAAGAGUUUUUAAUUACUGAAUAUUUUCUCUGUCAGGACAAACCCCACACGCCAUGCAGUCCGCAGGUCACAGAUUCCGUGAUGUCGAACACCACCCUCUGCUUAAUGAGAGCGACGGCUACGAUUCUCCCCCUUCGGAAGGAGAACUUACCGACAGAGUGUGGUUUAUUCGCGAUGGCUGUGGGAUGGUGUGCGCGGUUAUCACUUGGAUGCUGGUUAUCUACGCGGAUUUUGUAGUGACGUUUGUGAUGCUCCUGCCUUCCAAAGACUUUUGGUAUUCUGUGAUUAAUGGGACCGUCUUCAACUGCAUGGCAGUGCUCGCAUUGACGUCCCACUUGAGAACAAUGCUCACAGAUCCGGUGAGUUCCUGUUACUACUUACUGUUACUGAGAAUAAUCGUACAGGUAGACGCCUGUCAUUAACUGCUUGGUGUGUGUCUGUCUGUCUGUCAGACUAGGGUCAUCUGAAAAAUACUCCAUGAUGCCAUGUAUGAGCAAUGUCUUUAUUUAAACACGCAAACGUAUUACACCAUGGUUGUGCUACUGGCCAGGCCUUAAAAGUUACUCACCCAUGCAAGCCAUAGUAUACCCUCCGUGGGUGAAUUUGUACUCUCCAAUGGCUAGUAGCGAGUGGAACUUUUGAGCCCUGAUUACACUAUAAAAAUAAAAGCAAGCACAACACAUUUUGACUACCAGGCUCUCAUUCUUCCGAUGAGAAAAGUGUCCCCAAAGGUUUCUUUGUUUAUACUAGCCAUAAUUGGUGUAUUCAGAUCUUAACUGGUGCUGAAUUGGUCACCUUCUGUCUUAUCUGUAUGAUGCAAUCCUAAAACUCCUAUAAACUUUCCAUUUACAAAGUUGUGAUACGUCGUGUCUGGUUUCAAUCAUUCCCAUACAUCACAAUAUCAGGAUUAUUCGGAAGGCUCCUCUGCGCCAUAUUUAAACCAGGCAGCGGACUCAUUCCAAGAUCCAAUAUUCUCCAGAACUAUGAGUUUUUGUGGCCUCUUUAACCAUCCGUAUGUAAAGAAUUAAAGGACCACUAUAGUGCCAGGAAAACAUACUCGUUUUCCUGGCACUAUAGUGCCCUGAGGGUGCCCCCACCCUCAGGGUCCCCCUCCUGCCCGGCUCUGGAAAGGGGAAAGGGGUUUAAACUUACCUUUUUCCAGCGCUGGGCAGAGAGCUCUCCUCCUUCUCUCCUCCUCCGAUCCUCCUCCUGGGCUGAAAGCGCACGCGCGGCAAGAGCUGCGCGCGCAUUCAGCCGGUCGCAUAGGAAAGCAUUAUCAAUGCUUUCCUAUUGACGCUGGCGUGCUCUCACUGUGAAAAUCACAGUGAGAAGCACGCAAGCGCCUCUAGUGGCUGUCAAUGAGACAGCCACUAGAGGGAAUGGGGGAAGGCUUAACCCAUUCAUAAACAUAGCAGUUUCUCUGAAACUGCUAUGUUUAUUAAAAAAUGGGUUAACCCUAGAAGGACCAGGCACCCAGAGCACUUCAUUAAGCUGAAGUGGUCUGGGUGCCUAGAGUGGUCCUUUAAGGAGGGUCUAAGCUGGUAACAUGCCUAGGGCCCUGUGAGAUCUUAAUCCAUCUCUGAUAGUAGAUGACUAUUUGCCGUUGUGUAUUAUUUGGAAUGAUUCUAGGGGGCUGUGCCGAAAGGAAACGCCACUAAGGAGUACAUGGAGAGUCUGCAGCUCAAACCCGGAGAAGUUAUAUAUAAGUGUCCGAAAUGUUGUAGUAUCAAACCAGAGCGUGCGCAUCACUGCAGGUAACGUGUCUGCCAUGCAGACGGAUUGGUUUUAUUAAUGUAUCUCUCGCUGGAAUGUUUACAUUGUACUGUAAUAGACUCCAAUCAGAGUGUACUGUGUUUGUGUGCGUCUGUCAGUGAGUCAGUGGGUGUGUGUCUCAGUGAAUGUGCAUGUUUAGGUGACCUGCCCCCUCCAAUCACAUGGGAAAGGUGCUUUCACUUACAGUUUUCCCCACACCAUGCUGGUGACACUGUGGCUGGCCCAACCUCCAUGGCUGAGAUCCUCAAUCUAGCCAAUCCAAUACUUCCCCAUAGAAAGGCAUUGGAAGACUAUUGCGCAUGCACGACAAAACGUCUUGCUGCGACAUUUAACUUCUUCUCAUAGAUGGGGGAGUAUUAACGUAGGUGGCCAGGGAAGCACCUCUAGAGGCCGUCUGAGUGACUGUCACUAGGUGUUACUAGGCAGCAAUGUAAAAACUGCUUUUUGCCUGAAAUGUCCAUCUUUUGCAGGGACAAAAUAUACACUUCAGAACAACUACAUUAAGCUCCCACUAGAGGUGACUAUAGUGCCCCUUUUCUAAAUGUGUUUUUGACCUUGAAAAAAAUCUGGCUGCUAACUUUGUUUUAGCUGGCUCCUAGAUUCCAGAUCUGUCGAGCCCUGUAGUAUGUCUGUAGUAUGUCUAUAGAAUAAACUUUAAAAAAAAAAAAAAGUUUUUUUCUAACUUUGCGUACCUCGUGAAAGUGGAACCAGCUUCCUAUACCUGUGCAUGCAGGUCCUGGGAAGGUGAACAUUACAAUAGGAGAUCUUUAGAAGAUUUAGGAAACACAGCAAGAUCCAUUUUGGGGCAAAUUAAAUGAAGCACAAAUAUACAAGUAUACAUGUUAUCUACAACUGUAUAUAAAUAAAACACUUAGUUCCUACAUUGUGUUAAUAUAAUGUUAUCACCAGUUUUGCAUCUUGUACGGUGGGAUGGAUGUGAGUGAGUGUCGUCAUUCGAUGCCAAACACUGAAUCCCAUAAUGCCCACACUAACCAAGAAUAAAACUGAUAGAAAGAUUUCUCCAUAAAUGUGCAGUGAACGGAUCGUUUUAUACAGGGUACAUGACUGGUGAACGUUAGACUGUCUCACACGUUGCAAAUCUGCUCAGUUUGUUCCCGGUGAUGAAUAGCUUCCUAUUCCCAUAGAGCGAUUCUCCCUCCAGCCCUCUCGAUUACUCUUGUCCGUUUACUGAUGACUGGUGUUUCAGAGCUUCAAUGGCAAAUCCAUCUUACUGCAGGUUAAAACCGUGCCUAGAGCCUGCCGGAGAUCAAAGCCUUCCUUCUUUGUGUUUAAUGUGCAAUAAUAGUCUCUGAGUGAUGAAACAGUGACUAUACUCCAUCAUUCUCCUGGAAAACCGGAAUUGUGUCUAAUAAAUGUCAAUACAUUGAAUCCUUAAUAUUUCUAUAUUGUUAUAAUUAUUUCCUCUCCUUGUUUGUCUACUGUGAAACUGUUCACUGGACGUUGAAUGCUAGCGCGAUUGUGCUGCAGAUAUUGCAGAAAUACAAUACAAUAUUGUUCUAUAGAAUUACACGGAUUCUUUAAACUGUGCUAGAACCCACUACAUAGCUUUACAUGGGAGAGGCUAAAGGGAUUUAGAUAGAAAAAUAGCGCUGCCAUCUAGUGGUGAAAUGUGCUGCUGAUGGUACUGAAGAACUGCUUGUCCUAUACCUCCAUAGAUCUUCCCAGACAGCCAUGAUUUAAAAGCAUUUCCUAAUCCAUUUUCAAUAAGAAAGACCUUGUUUCCCCCCCUACCUGCAAUUAAUCCUUAUUUACGUUUCCUUAGUAGAGUUUAACGAAUAUGAUCGUGAAUUAUAAAUAGUUACAAUAAUUCAUAAUAAUCAUCUAAAGGUGUCCAACCCCCAUCGUUUUUUGUUGUUGUAGUAUUUGCAAAAGAUGUAUCCGGAAGAUGGAUCAUCACUGUCCCUGGGUAAAUAAUUGUGUGGGAGAGAAGAACCAGAGGUUUUUCGUGCUUUUUACGGUGAGUCCUUUUCUCUUUAGACUGGAUUUAGCGAUGUAGCCAGAUCGGGGGGCAUUGUAUUGGAUUGUGGACGAGACAUACCAGGCAUCAAAACAAUCUCUUCUCAUUAUUGCAGUACAUUGACAAUCUUUUUUAUUUAACCAUGUAAUUAUUGGCCCGUCAAAUGGUUUCAUACUUUUAUUUCAUGAAUGAAACUUCUUGCAACUGCUAAUUGGAGAUAUGUAUAGCGCACAUAUUGAAAAUACAAGUCUUGUUUUAUGUUGGGUGUUUGUAGCACACAGGAGUUAACCAGGUGGAAGCCAACUUACCAGGUAGACAAAAACCUGUGUUGGACAACCUUCCACCUACUUAUUUAUAGCCGUUACCAAGUGCUUACGAAGAAUCAGAGAGCUUGUCACUUUAUUUGUAGAGUUAGAAAAAGAGUGUACAUAUGCAACACUGAGUGUGGAAUUCUCUCUUUGCUUCCAGAUGUAUAUAGCUCUGAUUUCGGCUCAUGCUUUGGCUCUGUGUGGGAUCCAGCUAUUUACCUGUGUCCGAGGACAGUGGACAGGUAAUAGAAUGGCUUUAUGAGCCAAUCAAUGCAUUUAUUAUUUCCUUUUAGAUUUUUUACUAAAACCUUCAGUAAUCCCAUCCCUUGUACUUGGCAUGCCCACAAAGUAACAUUUAUAGCAUUUUUCUACAUGACUUUUUAAAAUCCCAGAGGCAGAAGUCCUCCAUACGGCUCCUCUGUUUUGUACACCUACCUAUAAUUAUCCAACGUUAUGUGAAGCAUUCCUCAUAGAAGAGCUAUCUAAGAAUGGCUAAAUAAAAAAGUGGAGUAACUCCUUAAGCAGCGAAUAAGAUAGUUUGUGCUUAUUACUGAUAAUAUCCAAAGAGUUAUUGGUACCUGUCAUGACAAAUACAACUUAAGUAAAGUAUCAAAUCCUUGUGUUAGCAGAACUCUAUGAGAAUCUGGAUGUCUCUGUACAGCUGAUACAGGACUGUGCUCAUUGGCUAAGUGCAGUAAGCUGACACCAACAGCCAGCGGGACUGGUCCUGCAUGGGCUCCUGGCAAGACAUGGGUAAAUGGGCAAACUGUACUACUUACAGGGGGAUGGUGCCAAGGUACUCCUGGCACCACAGCCUUUACAGCGAGUAGUGGUAAUCUGCAUGGAUUUUUCUACUAACAACCUGUAUAGGGUUGUGUGCCUGGAGCCAAGCCGUCCAGUGUUGUAAUUAAUGAGAAAAACAAGCCUAGAUAUAAAUGUUGAUCUCCAAUAUCCCAAUACCUUUUUUCUAGCAGAUGCUUGUUGCAGCAGUAUGAAUGUAGGUUUAAGUAUAGAAUAUAAAGUAUAUUUUGCCACUUGCAUUUUUGUAUGAAAACUCCCAGCAUUGGUUUGAAACCAUUUAAAGAGAACAUUUUUCUACCUCCAGCAUGCAGUAACUUCUCCCCCCCAGUCACAGUCAUCUUGAUGAUCUUCCUCUGUCUGGAGGGGCUCCUGUUUUUGACGUUUACAGCCGUUAUGUUUGGCACCCAAAUCCACUCAAUAUGCAACGAUGAGACGGUAAGAUCUCUUUUGGCAGAUUUAUUGUCUUGUCAGUCCAGGAUGUAAAUCAAAAUGUAUGAAUUUAUGGCAUGUCAGUAAAAGAUGAUUUUGCUUUGUGUUAAGCUCUGGGGACCUUUCGAGUAUUUCAUAAAGAUGAUGUUUCUAAUCAUGCAGACUCCAUUGGAAUGUUAUUGAAAUUCCAACGCAAUCACUCUUAAGUAGGAGUUACUUCAACUUAAAGGCAAUGAUGAAACUCUCAAAAGUUGAUAAAAGCCAGAGCUGCUGUUGUCCACUUUUGACAGUUCCCACUAUGGGAAACAGGAAUCUUCUCACACAUCACAAGAGUUGGUCUGUGGAGGAUCCUGCAUUUUUGUAUAAGUGCCCAUAGACCUCGUCUUGUACUCUUGCGCAUGCACAAGCCUACAGUAGUGACGUGGGAUCCUGGGAGAUGAAGCACACAGAUCUGAAAAAAGACAGUGGUUCCUGCGGUAUGAGCUUCAUGUAAGUAUAACCAUUAGCGUCACCUCCCGCCCCCCCAUCUCCCACGUUCACGACACAAAGCUGGGGUGUCACUUUCUAGGUCUAGAAUCUUAACAGAAUAUAGCAGAAAAUGUCCAAACUGCUUUAAAGGGACAAUUACUUUUUUUUUCUUGCAGUUUAUAUUUACUCUGUACCUUUGCUGAAGCCCCGCCCUCUGCCAAAAUCACGCUCCCAAUGAAAAAGUAGUCUCCCUGUCGUCUUAUGUACAGGGAGUGCAGAAUUAUUAGGCAAAUUAGUAUUUUGACCACAUCAUCCUCUUUAUGCAUGUUGUCUUACUCCAAGCUGUAUAGGCUCGAAAGCCUACUACCAAUUAAGCAUAUUAGGUGAUGUGCAUCUCUGUAAUGAGAAGGGGUGUGGUCUAAUGACAUCAACACCCUAUAUCAGGUGUGCAUAAUUAUUAGGCAACUUCCUUUCCUUUGGCAAAAUGGGUCAAAAGAAGGACUUGACAGGCUCAGAAAAGUCAAAAAUAGUGAGAUAUCUUGCAGAGGGAUGCAGCACUCUUAAAAUUGCAAAGCUUCUGAAGCGUGAUCAUCGAACAAUCAAGCGUUUCAUUCAAAAUAGUCAACAGGGUCGCAAGAAGCGUGUGGAAAAACCAAGGCGCAAAAUAACUGCCCAUGAACUGAGAAAAGUCAAGCGUGCAGCUGCCACGAUGCCACUUGCCACCAGUUUGGCCAUAUUUCAGAGCUGCAACAUCACUGGAGUGCCCAAAAGCACAAGGUGUGCAAUACUCAGAGACAUGGCCAAGGUAAGAAAGGCUGAAAGACGACCACCACUGAACAAGACACACAAGCUGAAACGUCAAGACUGGGCCAAGAAAUAUCUCAAGACUGAUUUUUCUAAGGUUUUAUGGACUGAUGAAAUGAGAGUGAGUCUUGAUGGGCCAGAUGGAUGGGCCCGUGGCUGGAUUGGUAAAGGGCAGAGAGCUCCAGUCCGACUCAGACGCCAGCAAGGUGGAGGUGGAGUACUGGUUUGGGCUGGUAUCAUCAAAGAUGAGCUUGUGGGGCCUUUUCGGGUUGAGGAUGGAGUCAAGCUCAACUCCCAGUCCUACUGCCAGUUCCUGGAAGACACCUUCUUCAAGCAGUGGUACAGGAAGAAGUCUGCAUCCUUCAAGAAAAACAUGAUUUUCAUGCAGGACAAUGCUCCAUCACACGCGUCCAAGUACUCCACAGCGUGGCUGGCAAGAAAGGGUAUAAAAGAAGAAAAUCUAAUGACAUGGCCUCCUUGUUCACCUGAUCUGAACCCCAUUGAGAACCUGUGGUCCAUCAUCAAAUGUGAGAUUUACAAGGAGGGAAAACAGUACACCUCUCUGAACAGUGUCUGGGAGGCUGUGGUUGCUGCUGCACGCAAUGUUGAUGGUGAACAGAUCAAAACACUGACAGAAUCCAUGGAUGGCAGGCUUUUGAGUGUCCUUGCAAAGAAAGGUGGCUAUAUUGGUCACUGAUUUGUUUUUGUUUUGUUUUUGAAUGUCAGAAAUGUAUAUUUGUGAAUGUUGAGAUGUUAUAUUGGUUUCACUGGUAAUAAUAAAUAAUUGAAAUGGGUAUAUAUUUGUUUUUUGUUAAGUUGCCUAAUAAUUAUGCACAGUAAUAGUCACCUGCACACACAGAUAUCCCCCUAACAUAGCUAUAACUAAAAACAAACUAAAAACUACUUCCAAAAAUAUUCAGCUUUGAUAUUAAUGAGUUUUUUGGGUUCAUUGAGAACAUGGUUGUUGUUCAAUAAUAAAAUUAAUCCUCAAAAAUACAGCUUGCCUAAUAAUUCUGCACUCCCUGUAUAACUAAGAAAACUAAGUUGGAUUUCAAAAAAUAAAACCAAAGCAAAAUAUAAAAACAAAAAGGGAACCAGCGAAGUGUCAGAGCUGCUUUAAGGGAAUGUGCAAAAUAAAUUGUGAUUUGUAAUAGACCUCUUACUACAGACUUUCCCCAAAAAGAAGACCGGGCCUUAUAUUAAUUCUCCCCCAAAAAACGCACCAAGGCUUAUUUUCUCGUGAGGGAAACGGUAGCAGGCAUGUGCUAGAAAGCAGGUCUACAUUCAAGGAAAUUCCCCCGAACAUAGACCAGUUCAUUAGGGCAUGGAAUCCCUCUCCGAACCUAGAUUAGUUCACUAGCGAAUGGAAUCCCGCGACUCUAUGGUCUGGGAAAAUUCGCAAUUAGCAAACUAGCAACUGGGGCUUAUUUUCGGGGUAGGGGUUAUAUUCCGAGCAUCCUCUGAAAAUAAGCAAGGGUUUAUUUUCGGGGGAUGUCUUAUUUUCAGGGAAAUAAGGUAAUAGAGAGAAUUUGAAGUUCAUUUAACGCUUUUUAAAAUCUGUUCCAAUUUUGCGAUUAAAGGAACACUAUAGGGUUAGGAACACAAACAUGUAUUCCUCACCCUAUAGUGUUAACCUUCUCUCCCCCCCCCAACCCCAUUAAAAGCAUGAACAACUCACCUUAUUUCCAGCACUGCGUGGACCUGCCGGUGCCAGCUCCACACCUUUGGUGACAUCAUCAGAAUUGCCGAUUUUUAGCCAAUCCAAUGCUUUCCCAUGAAAGCAGCAAGGGGGCAGGGCCAAACACAAUUUUGUCCAAUCAGCACCUCCUCAUAGAGAUGCAUUGAAACAGUGAGGAAAAUUCAGCGUUGCCGCAGAGCAUGGAGAUGCUGAACGGCAGUGCUUCCUACUGUGCAGCACUGAGCCAGGAAGCACCUCCUGUAGCCAUCUGAGGAGUGGCCAAUUGGAGGUGUCCCUCGAUGCAAUGUAAACACUGCCUUUUUUUUUUAAUGCAGUGUUUGCAUAAAAAUGCCUGAAGGCAAUGGUUAUAUUCACCAGAAGAACUACAUUAAGCUGUAAUUGUUCUGGUGACUAUAGUGUCCCUUUAAAGAAACACUACACUGAAAGCAUUUUGUAGAUGUGCCCCCCCCCCCCCCCUGUGCUGGGGAAUACUCCAAUCAAAGUCUUCUCAAUGAGAAUCCUCUGUUCUGGAGCUUUCUCAGUGCAGCUCAUUGAGAAGGAGGGGGGCGGGGGGGGGCAUGAGAUGUGUUAGCUGCUUCCGUUAGCUCUGUGGAGAUUACAGAAAAGGAAUCUAAUCUCCCUGGAUCUUUGUGUCACAGCUUGAGAUUUGUUUAUGCCUCCAUAUAUAAAAGUAAAACGCUCCAGACUCAAAGCUUCAAUCACGGCUGGCUCAAUAUUUAGUGUUUAUUUAGCACUGGGAGCUCUGUUGUCAUUAAGCAAGUAGGCCAUUCUAUGGCUGAAUAGUAUUCCCAAAGACACAUUUGCAUUUUCUGAGUGGCGGGUGAGAGUGCGUGUCUGGGAUUUUAGAACAUUCAGUCUUCUUGCACCAUAAACACAAUAAUAAGCUGUAGUGGUUAUGGUGCCCAGUGUCCCUGUUAAGCUUCCCUGGUUGAGAAAUAAUUUUUAACUUGAUUGCAAAUAGGCAAAUGUGUCUUAGAGGGUCUGUCCUAAUAGCCCAAUAAAUAAAUAAAAAUGGAGAACAUCGUUAGGUGAAAUACACACCAGGGUCUUUUGAUUUUUUUUCUCCCACACACAGAAAAUGAAUAUUGUGUGUACAGACAGGAAAGGUAGCCAUGGUUUGAUGUCUCACUAUAUCUGGAUGAUAUUAGAAAAACAUCCUCCAUAAAUAGUCUGCAACUAUGAGCUCUGCUAUGAAACCCUUAUUUCUAUUAUUUGGUGUAGUAAUAUUAUAACAAUCUAUUUUAUUUGCUCUUUGACAGGAAAUUGAACGACUCAAAAGCGAGAAGCCUACCUGGGAGCGAAGGCUAAGGUGGGAUGGCAUGAGAUCGGUCUUCGGGGGCCCGCCAUCUUUCCUAUGGAUAAAUCCAUUCGCAGGUUUACAAAUCAGACGCUUAAUAAGAGCACGGAAAGGCGGCACCGAAUUUUCUGUCUAAAAACCCUUUGGUUAACUGGAACAAUCCGAUUCACUUUGCUGUAUUUGUUGAAGCCAGGAAAUUCAAUCCAAGCGAGUGUUCGCCUAGUGGGACGAUCAGAGCUGUUUCUCAUCGCAAGCAAAGCUGUCUAUUUUCUUUUUAUGAGCGUGGUUUAUGUCACGGAGUGGAUGGCAAUACGGUGACACAUAUUGACCACUGAACAAGACAUUUUCCAGUUGCUGUAAUUUAUUCUGAUACAGGGUUAUAUAUAUAUAUAUAUAUAUAAAUAUAUUUUUUGUUGCUUCCAAGUUAAUUUUUUUGAAUUUUUCCUCCCACUGAUAAUUGAAAACAUUAUCAUGGCUUACAGCGAUUUUUUUUUUUUUUUUACUUCAUCGACAAGCUGAAUGACACUAGUGCUUUAUGGACAAUAUGUUUAAUGCUGUAUUGCAGACUGAGCUUUUUUUUAUUAACGUACUUGUAUAAAUAAAAGAUCUCACCAUGAGCUGGAACCCACAUGAGAAUCUCGGUGCUGGAGCAAAUAACUCGCAAUUGGUAGAAUAUUCACUGCCCACACGCAUGGCGAUAUUUUCUCUGAGCAUGCCAAUCUUUAGUUACCCGUGAUAAGAACAUAUUGGCUUUGUUUUUUUGUUAAUCUCGGACUACUUCCAUUUGGGUCCCUAUCCACCUUAAGCUCAGCACCUCCAUGGCUGUUGCUGAUUCAAUGGCUUUGUCAUUCUGCCGCUAUUACCCAUCUCAUCUUUCCUGUGUUUACUCAUAUAUUCACAGCUAUUGUACCUUUUAUAAAUGUGUUUGUGUUGAGUGGCAGUAAGGACCACUACAGUCUUCCAUUGAAUGGAACCAUUUGUGGGUUUAAGGAAGGCACUGGCACCUGUUCUACUUGGUGAAUUCAGCACAAUGAUACUUUUUACACGCUAUAGACUGGCUGCCUGCUCUGUUACCUAAUACCACAUUGUUUUUAGUUGGGAACGUCUCCAUUGCUUGUGGCUUCAUACUGUUUGUGUGUUUGAGCUGGUGUUAGCAGAUGAAAGCUUGGAGGUAGGACAAUCUGUCCAGGUGACCUUACGGAUGACCUUUAGCUUGUAAGAUAGCCUCUAGUGAACAUGCCAUCUGCCAAAUACCACGUGUGUUGUUUUCUUGUCCACAUGACCGCUAAUUCUCUGUUCAACAUGUAACAAUAUAUGCUUCAUUUAUACAUUAUCGCAUGGGACUAUAUGUUGACAUUCGAAAGCUAGAUUCCAUUGUAUGGCAGUAACUGAGAAAUAUUCAUCUCACUUUGUAUUUGCUAUAAUGAGAUUUCCCAUAUGUUUUUAUUUUUGUUGUUGACCUGCUGUAUGAAACUAAGGUUACCCACGGAGGAGAAAGGGAUUCUAUGAUGCACUGAUUUAUGAAAUGAAGAAUUUAAUUAUCUUUACCUGUAGUGUAACACUAGUAACUGGACACACAGAAGAGCGUCAGACUGAUUUGCUGUUACCCCAGCUCUGUGUGUAUGUUUUAACCACUGCAAUGGAUUAUAUCCGUUUUAACCGCAUUCAGAGAUCUGGCAAGUGCUCUAUGUAAGAGACCUCUAAAAUUGUACAUUUCCCUUAUUUUUAACCAUUUCGCAGCUGUUUCUAUAUUCCCAACCACUUUCUAAUUUAUUGUAGACCUAAUUUAUAUACAUGAUCGGGUUACAUAUCCCUGUCAGGCAUUGUAAGGUGCUUUACCAAUGCCUGUGUAACCGCUAACAGGAUACAUUGUGAGAGCCCUGUCUAUAGAUGUGUUCGGUGGUAAGAUUUUCUAGUUAUCAUUUGUAAAGCCCUGAACACUACAGUCCAUUAGGGAGAUAAUGUAUUUAAAAUAUGCAAAUAAAAACCAUGCGAUUCAGUCUUGGAUUUCCCCAUGCAGCUAUUGUAACAGAAUGACGGGAGAAGGGAGCGUGUUGCACUAUAACCGCUACAAAAUGCAUAGGUAACUACUAUGUUCAGAGAUCUCUUCAUAUUCUGCACCAGUGAGAGACGGAAUGGUAUUUGGGAUAUUUGAAUGUAUUAUUUAUUUCUGUCUAUUUAAGAUUCUGUUUCCUCUAGUGUAUCAGACCUCCAGCCAUGGAGGCCGUAUCUGUAUUGUACUGGGUGUAAGCUUUCAUUGACUGUUAGGACUGUAAAAUUAUUUUACUUUUAAUUCCAUGUUGUUGUCCUUAUCUUUUUUUGUAUUCUUUGUUAAUCACUUUCUCUAUAUUUCCCUAACCUUUAUAGACAAUGUGACACUGGCUCAGCAUCACACAACGCCAUUUAUGUAUCUGCCAAACUUUCAUAUCAGCAGAUUUUCUACCAGGAUAUUGUAACCUUGAAGGUUUAUCUAAUAAAACUGAUACCGAUAACAUAGGAUUCCUGUGUAAUUGCAUUCAGCAUAGGAUUUAAAAUCACGCUGUGAUUCAUUUAAAGGAACCCCUCCUCUGAAAUGCUCUACGUUUGCAUUUAACCACUCACAGGCCAUACAUACAAAAUCAUAAGGAAAUAAAUGCUACGUUUGCAGAAUUUGACUCUGAACCCGUGAAAUCUUUAUUUUAUGGUCAUAAAUGUAGGACAUAAAACUGCAGUCCUUUGAACAUUCGUUAUCAAGUGAAAUAUAGUUUAUGGUUAGUUUUAUGACCCUCUCUGUUUGACCCUUUCAUUGCCGAGCAGCUUUCCUUGGAGAUGGCAUCCCAAAGGACUACAUACAAGAGAUUGUCACUCUCAGAUUCUAGAACUUUAUUUAUUUCGAGAAGAGUUGUCUUGUCUACCCAUCCCCAGAACCUAAAUGCAUCACUACGUGUAAGGUUUUCAUCCUCCGAUACUGGACCAGGCAUGAUUAUGGUAGAAGGUAUGUCACCAAGCUUCCAUUCAGAGAGGCCUUCACAAUGAGUAAGUGUUAACUGAAUAGUAAUUGUGUGCUGCUGCCCUUUGUCAGUUAGUUCCAUAUGUUUAUGUUGGUAAUAGCAGGAUGUUGCAGUAUCAUGUGAGUAAUUGCUGUAACAUUUCAUGUGCAACUCAUACCGGAGUUUCUCCAACAAACAGUUUAAAGGGACGGCAGUGGGAGAUUUCUCAAUAUGCCGCCAUUUGUAAAGGGAGCUCAAGUUGGAAGCGUGGAGUAAUCUCCAAUGGAUUGUGCCUGUUUUCAUGGGAAUUACCCCAUUUUUUUCUGAACACACCACGAAUGUUUCCACAUCUAUAAUAAAUGUAAUCCAGGGAUCCCGGUCCACAAGGAUCUGUUGUUAAUGAGGUUAAACACUCUAUUACACUGUGUUUAGCCAUAAAUCACCAUUAUAAAAACUGUGUGUAUUUUUCUUUAUGUUAGGAGAUGGUAAUCUCUUUGAAAAGAAAGAAUACAGUUUAAAAUCAGAUUGACCUGUAGCUUGGUGUCCGCUGUGCCGGUUAUCCAUAAUUUAAUGGCAGUGUGUGAUCCUGCACACUCUCUCUACAAAUCCAUUAUUUAGUAUAACGUCUUUUUAAUGAUGAUUACAAUAAUUCCAAAACAAACUUAUUAAAAUAUUGAAUGAUUUCUGUACAGAGCAGGUGCUGGCUCAUUUCUCACUAAGUAGUUUAAAAAUAAAAAUGCAAUCUAAUGUGAAGUUGUAUGGCUCCAUGAAAAGUCAAUUUUCUAGUUUGUAAGGCUCUAGAGAGGAGAAAUAAAACAUGCAUUGCGAAUCUUAAAGGUUCCCUAUAAAGGAGAGCUGUUACUUCUCUGGAAUUCACACCAUUGAAUAAAACGUUGGAAAUUGCCUAUAGCUUUCUUUUAAUUUUUCCUUUUUUAAUGACAGAACUUUAAUUCCCUAUUUAAUUUUAUUUUCCACGCAUCACAAAUACAUAUGUGAAAUAUGAGCUAAUUAAACAUACUACUCAGGAUUUGUUUGAAACAAUUGCCUUCUAGAUAUGUAUUUUCUGAAUAAUAUACGGUAGCUCUACCUGCUCCAUCUCACUUCAAACAGCGCAGAGAAUUGGAAGAGUUGCUGGUGUCACUAAUUACAGCUAUUUAUGGCACCCCCUCUCUUCUUUGUGAUGAAUGAAAUAGACAGGACGAUGCAGUUAUUUUAACCAUCAAAGAUUGAGGACACAGAAUAUGACAUGGCCAUGAAUCUAUUAGCAGGAGACCUCUUAUAGGUGGUUCUACGGCUCUUUCACAGUGCUAUCUCCAGCAAGUGUCUCAUUCUUGCUGGGUGCAAUAAGGAACAGAGUGAUGUCUGUCGGCGGUAUGAGGGAGGAUUGCUGUAUUUGGAGAUGUUUCCCCAGGCAGAACCAAGCACGUUACAAAGUGGUAGGAACAAGCUGGGACUGGGUGGCGGCAGUGCUGAAACCCUGGAGAGGAGGUAAGUAACCCCUUAGCAGUAUUAUUUAUUUAUAAAAUAUUUUACCAGGAAGGAUACAUUGAGGUUUCUCUCGUUUUCAAGUAUGUCCUGGGUCCACAAAACAUUGCAUUGUUACAUUAGGGUACAAUAAAAUACAAAAACAAUAUUAAUACACAAUAUAUACAAAAUUAGUAUCUAAUGUAUCUGAAUAGAUAUGUGUAAUAAAGAUAUGCAGGAUAAUUUAGUAAAGUGAAUUUUAAAUUUAAGGUCAGGAUAGCUAAAAAGGAAAGCAAAUUUUCCACUUCGGCUAUUUUGACUAAAUUUGAAAUUCAUUUUCCAAUUCCAUUUUUAUUUAGAAUUCUGAAGGUGUUGAAAUUUAAGUGCACUGUACAGUAAAGAAACACUUCAAGAACCAUAACCACUACAGCUAGUUGUGUUUUUGCUGGCAGAAGCUGCCUAAAUGUGUGUUUGAUUAGUUAAAGGGACACUAUAGUCAACAGAACAACUACAGCUUAUUGAAUUUUUUCUGGUGAGUAGAAUCAUUACCUUCAGGGUUUUUGCUGUAAACAGUCUUUUCAGAGAAUAUGCAGUGUUUACAUUGCAGCCUAGUGAUAACUUCACUGGCCACUCCUCAGAUGGCUGUCAAAGAUCCUCCCUGGCUCAUGGCUGCCUAAAAUGCAUCCAAACAUUCAGUAUCUCCUCCCGCUGCAUGCAGACACUGAACGUUUCAGUUCAUCUCCAUGAGGAGAUGCUGAUUGGCCAGGGCUGUGUUUGAAUCAUGCUGGCUCUGCCCCUGAUCUGCCUCCUUGUCAGUCUCAGCCAAUCCUAUGGGGAAGCAUUGUGAUUGGAUCAGACUACCACUUCUGAUGAUCUCAGCAGACUGUUUGUUUUUUGAGGCAAACAGCAUGCAGAGUUACAGCUUCAGGCUUGAAUACAAGUAAGAUUUUGCUAUAUUUAUGGAAGCAUGAGUGGAUCAGGGGGGCUAAAUGGUGGUUUUAACACUACAGGGUCAGGAAUACAUGUUUGUGUUCCUGACCCUAUAGUGAUCCUUUAAAUUUUAUAAAUGGAUCUAUAGACAUUGUUGCAGAAGAUGAGGGGAGGCCUGUAAACGAUACAUUUCGCCAGCUCUGCUCUAUAGUCACAGCUUGGUUCUUUCUUUUACCAUAAAUUUAACAUUUUGAGUUCUUAAUUCAACUUUGCUAAAUUAAUUAAACUGCAUUUUAAAGUUGUGUUUAAUCCAGGAUUGUCAGUAAGGAAUUUAAACAGCAUUUCAUAGCAUAGUACUUUAGGCACAUUGAAAUUGUGUAGAAUUUCUGAAGAUUUAAAAUACAAUUUUAAAAACUGUAAUAUUGAGCAUUUAAACCAUGUUUCCUUUGUACAUAAAGCACAACGGGGGUGGGGCUUAUAACAUCGUAUAGAUAUUGCCUUUAAAGAGCAGAGCUAUGUAAAAUCUUGCAGGAACAGCAGUCUAUAUUUCUAUUUUGUCAUUUAUUUUUGUUCAGAUUUUUUGAAUAUUAAUUUGAAGUGCUUUAUUUAUACAAUACAUUGAAGGUUCAUUCUAAGUACUGCACCAAAACCUUUUACAUUAUGUAAAUUUGUAACAGUAUGGUGUACCCAGUCCCCCUGCUGAAUUCAAACUGCACUGACUUGUAAUAAAGCUACCUAUUAAUAAAUCUGAUUUCACCCUCCGAAUGUAAGUUUCGGAUACUGUGGGGUAUAUCGCUCAACUCCCACUUGUAGUGAACUGAAACUGGAAUGGUGCAUUUAAGAUAAAAUGGUUUGGCUUUAUUGUCCAAGUUCUCAAAGUGAAUCUAUAACCAUCUAACUAUAACCAUUUAGAUAACAAUUCCCUACAGAUUGCUGUGAGUAGUUUGCAGAGUUUAGAAAAUUGAACGCUUUGCAGAGCUUGUAUUCUAAAUAACAUGACUUCUCCAGUCAGCUAUAAUCCAAUAUCAGGGCAGAGAUUAUCGUUCUCCAACCUGUGCCAAGCAGAGGACGGAUUCCAAUCCUUAGUAUUGACAUUAAGAAUGUACAUCAGGGGGCCUUUACGCAUUCUGAGUGGGAUCCAUCACGUUGUUAUUCCCCUCAUGUCGUAUAUGUUAACUGCCCUCCAGCUCUUUCACAAUCAGACAAUACAGAAUGGCAGGAUAUGUUAUAACUGCCGUGGUGAAUAGCUUUGAAAAUUCCCUUUAGAGGAAAGUGAGUGAAUUGAAUCUUAUGGCAGCCACGAGAUUACCAGUGUUUGAAUUUGGUGAUGGCCGAUCAGAAGCUGCUCUAGAUAACAGCCCUGGUGCCCUACAACCAAACCGUAAGGACUGCUAUUGUUUGUAUUCUGAAUAUCAAUGUGAUUAGCAAGCGUGCGAACUGGAAUUAGUUUUUUACACCCUUGUUAAAUUGUCAUUUUAGAUGUAAAAUAAAUUUGCAGAAUGAUAAUUGUUUGGGUUUUACUUAACACGCAUUGCUGU